AAAGCCCCUUCCUUCUGCAGUAAUGAUCCCGCCCCCCUAUCUAAGGUUUCCUGUCAUAAUGACGAAGAAUAUUUAAGUUGGCACUUUCCUAAUGAGAUUAGACGAAGUCAUCGAAAUGAAAUGAAAGUCAAAGCCGCUUCGGAACCAUCUUCCUCGUUUGCCGCAGCAAUCCAAAUUCUUAAGCACAAGCAGCAAGCUCUCUCUCUCUCUCUCUCUCGUUUUCUCUCUAAGAUGGGCAUCGAGAGGGAAGGUACUGAGACUCAGGAGAAGGCUAAUGAUGGCCUAGAGGUUGUGGGAGAUAGAGGGUUCCGCUACAACUCGCCGUUGGUGCAGGUGGCUUUGAUUGGCCUGGUCUGUUUCUGCUGCCCCGGCAUGUUUAAUGCCCUCAGUGGGAUGGGAGGUGGCGGUCAGGUCGAUCAUACUGCCGCUAACAACGCCAACACCGCCCUCUACACCACCUUCGCCGUCUUCGGUGUCCUUGGCGGCGGCAUCUACAACGUCCUCGGUCCACAUCUCACCCUCUUCGCUGGCUGCUCUACCUAUGUCCUCUAUGCGGGAUCCUUCCUCUACUACAACCAUCACAAGGAUCAGACCUUUGCUAUCGUCGCUGGCGCCAUUCUCGGUGUCGGCGCCGGACUCCUCUGGGCCGGACAGGGAGCUAUCAUGACCUCCUACCCGCCUUACAACCGGAAAGGCACCUAUAUCUCCGUCUUCUGGAGUAUUUUCAACUUAGGUGGUGUCAUUGGUGGCCUAAUUCCCUUUCUUCUAAACUACCAUCGAACCGCUCCAUCCGUAAAUGAUGGUACCUAUAUUGGUUUUAUGGCGUUCAUGUCGCUAGGAGCACUCCUGACUCUCACGAUUCUUCCACCCAACAAGGUAAUUCGCGAUGAUGGCAGCCGUCCGGCGAUUGUGAAGUACUCGAAUCCGUCGAAAGAAUGCAUCGAGAUUCUCAAACUGUUCCUGAAUUGGAAGAUGCUGAUGAUUGUCCCUGCAGCAUGGGCUAGCAAUUUCUUUUACAGCUACCAAUUUAACAAUGUCAACGGGUUGUUGUUCACUCUGAGAACCCGAGGGUUGAAUAACGUCUUCUACUGGGGGGCACAAAUGAUGGGCUCUAUUGGAAUUGGCCAUGUGUUGGAUUUCAGCUUCAGGAAUCGACGGACCAGGGGCUUUGUUGGAGUUGGGAUCGUAGCAACGAUGGGGACAGCAAUUUGGUCUGGAGGGCUUGCGAAACAAUUGCAGUAUUCUUUGGAAGACAAGCCUGAUUUACUGGAUUUUAAGGAUGGAGGACGAUUUGCCGGUCCAUUUGUGCUUUAUUUCUGCUAUGGUUUGUUGGAUGCUAUGUUUCAGAGUUUGUGCUAUUGGGUGAUUGGAGCAUUGGCUGACGACAGUCAGACUCUGAGCAGGUAUAGUGGGUUUUAUAAAGGCGUUCAGAGUGCUGGAGCCGCAGUUGCUUGGCAGAUAGAUACACAUAAGACCCCCUUGCUGUCUCAGUUGAUAGUGAACUGGUCGCUCACAACAGUCAGCUAUCCGUUGCUGAUCAUUUUGAUCGCCUUUGCUCUAAAUGAUGAUGAGAAAGUUGAGGCAGGCAAUGAUCGAGCCUAAUUAUGGAUCAGCAAAGUUGAUCAUACCAGUGAUGUUUGGUAGCUGUUCAGCAAAGGACUGGUUGUUUAGUGAAGGCUUUACUCGUCGAUCCUGUUCAUACGUUCGUUCUGGUUUCUUUUCUUGGCGAUUUGGAUUCGCAAGAGCUGUUAUUGUUGGGAUCGGGCGAUCGGCAAUGAGUACCGUGGAACGAACAGUUGGAAAUUCUUUCGACUGUAAGGAGUUCAUUGUUUCAUGUGGAACUUUUGUAAUGUGUUGAAACUGGAAAAUUCAUUUGCCGCGAGCCUAAGCGGGUAUAGGCCCUUUGGCGGGGUAUGUAGCCACAGGGUUUCACCUUGUUACGUGUAAGUAUCUUAGUUGUGGUUCAUUCAUGUUAAAAAAAUUGGCAGGUAGUACCUUACCUGUUUGUA